CUCCGCACGGACCCUCUAGCUGCCGGUUACAUUCCAACCGCCCGGAGCUUCCCGCGCGCCUCUCCCCUCCCCCUCCCGCGGCGGCCGCCAGGUGUCAUGGCUUCCUCCGAGGUCACCCGGCAGCUGCAAAAUGAUAAUUGUCGACCCUUAUCUUUGUCUGGCCAUGUUGGUUUUGAUAGCUUACCAGAUCAGUUGGUUAACAAAUCCAUCAACCAGGGCUUCUGCUUCAACAUUCUUUGUAUUGGGGAGACUGGAAUUGGAAAAUCAACCUUGAUAGAUACUUUGUUUAACACCAGUUUUGAUGACCGCGUAUCAACACAUUUUCAACCGAAUGUAAGACUCAGAGCUCAGACCUAUGAACUCCAGGAAAGCAAUGUUCGAUUAAAACUGACCAUUGUAAAUACAGUGGGAUUCGGUGACCAGAUAAACAAAGAAGAUAGCUAUCAGCCAAUAGUGGAUUACAUAGAUGCACAAUUUGAGGCCUACCUCCAGGAAGAACUGAAAAUUAAACGCUCCUUAUACAACUACCAUGACACUCGCAUCCAUGUCUGCCUCUAUUUUAUUUCACCUACAGGCCAUUCCCUUAAAACGCUUGAUUUGUUAACCAUGAAGAAUCUUGACAGCAAGAUGAACAUUAUACCAGUCAUAGCCAAAGCAGACACCAUUUCUAAAACUGAACUACAGAAGUUUAAAAUCAAACUCAUGAGUGAAUUGGUUAGUAAUGGAGUCCAGAUAUACCAGUUUCCAACAGAUGAUGAAACCAUUUCUAAAAUUAAUGCCACCAUGAAUGGACAUUUACCAUUUGCUGUAGUGGGGAGUAUGGAGGAAAUGAAGGUUGGAAACAAAAUGGUGAAAGCUCGACAGUACCCUUGGGGCAUUGUACAAGUGGAAAAUGAGAACCACUGUGACUUUGUAAAGCUUCGUGAGAUGCUUAUUUGCACAAAUAUGGAAGACCUGAGAGAACAGACUCAUGCACGGCACUAUGAGCUGUAUAGACGCUGCAAACUGGAAGAGAUGGGCUUCAGAGACACAGGCCCUGAAAACAAACCAGUCAGGGUCCCCCUACUAAAGGGUUACACAGAUAGCAAAAAGUCUAUAUCUCACAGCCACGCUUCUGUAGAAAGUCUACAGGAGACCUAUGAAGCUAAGAGGCAUGAGUUCUUUGGUGAAUUGCAGCGGAAGGAGGAGGAGAUGAGACAGAUGUUUGUGCAGAGAGUCAAGGAGAAAGAAGCAAUAUUGAAAGAAGCUGAGCGAGAGCUGCAGGCUAAAUUUGAACAUCUUAAGCGACUUCACCAAGAAGAGAGGAUGAAGCUGGAGGAAAAAAGAAAACUCCUGGAAGAUGAUAUGAUUGCAUUCAAUAAAAGGAAAGCUGCUACUGAGUUACUUCAGGCACAGGCAUUUGCAUCUACACCUAGCGUUACUUUGAAAAAAGACAAGGACCGUAAAAACUUUAUGUAAUACAGAGAAUUAUGGCAAGCAAAUGUUAAAAAUUAUACAAGUAAUCUAUGGUUUCCUAUACUUCUUUUUCUUCUGUAUUUCUUACCAAACAAAAAUUUGGAAAAUGGCCAUUACUACUGCAAAUUAAAGAAGAAAAGUAUAUGGUCAAUGUGCAUACAGUAUUGUAAGUUACUGUUACAUUAAUAUAAUUUAAUGAACAUUUCCAUUAAGCAGCUAUGUUUAUAUGCCCUUAUACUUUAGGAGCAUAUGGCCAAGUCACACUUAAGUGCAUUGUACCAAAGAAAAUAUCUCUACCGUAGACAGUUUUCAUUCAUAAUAUGAAUGCUGUAGUACAGAAGUAUUCAGUGAAUAUAUAUAUUAUAGCCUUUUGAAAGUAAUUUUGAUACGUUAUGUUUACUUAUUAAACAGCAUUUAAUGUAACUUCUGAAGUGUUUUGAAAUGUAUUAAAUAUUUAAAUCUGCUCAAAUAACCACUUAUUAAUUUUGCUGACAUUGGUUUAUUUUUUACAGAGAUGCUGUUCUGAUUGUGUGUUCUAAGCUUUCUAAUGAAAACGAAUCAUGGUCUUCAGUGCUGCAGUGUUGCAUGCUAAUAUAUUUGUAGUUGACAUUACUAAUUGAAGACCAAGUCAUUUAAAAAUAUAGUCUAAUCCACUUUCAUCUGCUUUUCAGUCUUUGGCCUCUUUACAUGUAUUCCCUGGUUCAGAAGCUGAGCAGUUUUUAAAUAAACUGGGCUAUUAAAGACA